CUAGAGGUCGCUAAAGCUCCGCACUCACACUCAGUGCAGCCGAGCAGCCAGUUCAGGAAUGUAGCAAACCGACAAUCCGAUUCCUCGGGUUCGCCAUGAAAACACGGUGAAUAAACCAGCAGCCUCGGAAGUCAUGUCACAUUAUAAUGGGGUUAAUGGAUCCAAACUGGUCGCUGCGCUUCUUUGGUUCGCCUUCUCUGCUGCAGACAAACACACAGAUCCGGCACAUGCAGCAGAACACCAGGAGCAAACUGCCCACAGCUCUGUUGGGUUGGAUGAGCUUGUUAUAGUGAUUCAGAGUCAGAGGAACUCCUACCACGCCCGUCGUGGCGGUCAGAAGAAGGUGGAGCUUCUGCAGCAGGCAGCUACCCUUGGGCAGGCAGUUCCUGUUAUUGUUCUCCUCCAUGAGUUGUCAGAGUACGAAGGGGUCUGGAGUAUCCUUCCUGCGCUUCCACUUCUGUCUGCCUCUUAUGGCCAACAAGCAUCCUGGUUUUUCUUCAUAGAGGAGGAAACCGCAGUCACACUGGCUGCUGUGCUGCAGGUCCUCAGCAGAUAUCAAGUCCAAGAGGAAUGGUUUUUGGGUCGACGUCUCCAUGACAACGAGGCCUCCAUUAUCCACCACUAUGCCUUCUCUGAGGACCCCAUUUCGUUUGGUUAUCCUGACCCGGCAGCAGGCUGGGCUCUCAGCGCUCCACUGCUCCACAGACUUGCAGAGCGGCUCCAGCACGACAAUCUCAAGUCAGAUUUUACCAUCGACUUGAAACAUGAGAUUGCAUUGUAUAUUUGGGAGGAAGGAAACGGUCCAAAGCUGACGCCAGUUCCAGAGUUUUGCACAGAACCAAGAGACGACUGUACCACAACGUUUACGACCUACCUCCCCAACUGUGGGGAUCCAGUGUUGAAGAAAGAUGUUUUCGUUGCCGUGAAAACUUGCCAGAAAUUCCACUCGGAGCGAGUGCCAGUGGUGAAGGCAACCUGGGAGAGAGACGCUGGGCUUUUAGAGUAUUACAGCGACGUCUCUGAUGCCUCCAUACCGACUAUCAGCCUGGGAGUUCCCAACACUGAGAGAGGACAUUGCGGGAAGACUUUUGCCAUCUUGAGGCGUUUCCUGAGCCGAAAUUUGCCGAAAGAUGAUUGGCUGCUCAUUGUUGAUGACGAUACUCUUAUCAGUUUACCUCGACUGCGGCGGCUCCUGCGCUGCUAUGACCCGACAGAAGCUGUGAUCCUCGGGGAGAGAUACGGCUACGGCUUGGUCCACAAAGGCUACAGCUACACCACAGGAGGAGCUGGGAUGGUUCUCAGUAGGACGGCUGUGUCCAGGCUGCUCUCCUCUGGUUGCAGCUGCUACAGUGACGAUGCUCCUGAUGACAUGGUGAUCGGCAGGUGCUUCACAUCCCUCGGGGUUCCUAUCACACACAGUCCACUGUUUCACCAGGCCCGACCAGAUGACUACCCUGAGACUCUGAUCUCCCUGCAGCAGGCCAUCUCCUUCCACAAGCACUGGAACAUAAACCCCGUGGCCGUCUACAGAGAGCGGCUGCAAGACACACAGCCACGAGACGAACUGUAGAAACACUGCGGGUAUGUUGUUGACGAGCAGAAUCCAAAUUUGCACAGAAUAACGGCAUCCACUGCUGUCAUCACUGUAGCACCCCAGAAUUUCAGGGAAGUUUUCUACACUGAUUUGGAUAAAUAAAAUACGACUAUGUGUUACAAGAACAGGUCACAGUAAAUUAAGUAUGUCACUCUACAGUAACCUUUAGCCUCAUUUUAUUCAUGCUUUCAGUUUAAUGACCUGUCGUUGAGUCGGAGCUCAAAAAAUCUCCAAACAGCGCACUUGCCAAGUGGGUUUUCAUGUUUUUCUGCCUCCGUUAGAUGUGAAACUGACCCUACAACUGUUUUAGUCAUGGACAUGUUGUUUAUUUUAACAAGUAUUUCGUCGUAAAUCAAAGUAUUUCGAUAAAAUGGAAUUUUCAACUGAUGAGCAAUGAGAGAUUAAGGAAUCUCAUGAUGACCAGUCAUUAUUCUGGUCAGCAUUGUCCAACAACUGUCCAGAUAUUUUAGUCUUGAUCAAAUUAUUUGAUUGUCCAUUUCUGGACUCACCAAAAACUGUACAGACUUUCAUUUAAUCACUGCUUAAAGCUGCACUGUUUGCUGCUUAGAUUGCCAGAGUCCGCCUCUGUCACUACCUCACAGAUUUCUAGUUUAACAAAACCAUGAGCCAAGAUGUUUAAUUUAUCCAGAAAUGUAUUUGUGCUAAUGGCAAGUUGUCCACGACCUGGAUAAUUAAGAGUCAUAUGAAGAAGAUUAAACAUGUGAAUGAUCGGUGCAGAGACACGGAGCAUUAGAUGUUAUUUAUUUAGGCAGGUAAGGACAUGAGAGGGGCAAACAAAACAAUACAAAAUGAAGCAACAGAUAAAACGAUACUCUUAACAAUGCAAUUAUUGCAAAAAAUGCAGCUAAAAGACAGAUAAUACAGGAGCCCUGAAUGUACAAUAGCUUUGAUUUCUGAUCCUUCAAUUUAAGGUUUUAACUGACAUCUACCAAACAAGUAAAAAUACCAGCACCAACAUGUUCCGAUUGUUUUUCUACAUUGUGUAGUGAGUGCAUGUCUUUCUUGUGGAGAUAAGAUUGAUGCUCGUCUCAUAUCUGUAUGAUAAAUAAAAGCUAAAGAUGUUGACUGUCAUCUUACUGUAGCACAGAAAGAAAAGAAAUAAGAGCUGUUAAUAAGUACACAAUCAGAAGUCUAAGAUCCAAUUGGCUCUUUACUUCAUAUUGAACAUAGUGACAUCUACAGGGUAUUAAAAAGCAUUAAUAGCCAUUAAGUUGAUUUUGUUAAAAAUACAGCCAUGGCCAUAAGUUUGGACCAACCAAAAUGAAAUAUAUUUCAUUUUGGUUGAUGGCUGUGACUGGUAUUUAUAUUGUAAGUGACAAUUUUGUGGUAUUUUCUAAGAUUCACAAGCGUCAUGGUACUUGUGUCCAAACUUAUGGCCAUGGCUGUAAGGCCUUAAAUGGCAUUAAAAAUAAUUAAAUUUGAUUCUCAGUGGCAUUAAAAAUUCUUUAUGUAGUUUUCAAGAAAAAUAUUUGAUAAUAGUAAUAUAAUAAUAUGUACCGGUAAUUAUAGACUGCGAUUUGUCAGAUAUGUACAUUUGCGUAAACAUGCUGAAGCUUUGUGAUAAUUGUUCUGGCCGAUCGGGUACAAUUACCAAAAACAGUGUGUUUGGAAAGUGGCCAGCAGGCUGGACCAGGUGGAUAGCUGGGAAAUGGGGAAAUGCAAAUUCCAGCAAAAAAAUGGUUGAAAACAUGGAAUUCAGAGAAUGACUGGUCAGGGGUGGUUUCCAGAUUCAGAAAUAGUGAAAUGAAGGGACAGUUUCCAUAUAAAAAUCAUCUUUCAAAAAAACAAACCCAUGUAAUUUGUUGAGUUCACGGUCAUGGCAUUAAAAUUUUUACAGUAUAUCAUUUAAAUGCCAUUAUAAAAGAUUAAAUUUGAGUGGCUGAUUUCUGCAGAAACCCCGAUCUAACUCAACAACCUUCCAUCCACCGCCUCCUCUUCCUCUGUAGGGAUACUGAGUUAAUCCCAAGCCAGCCAAGAGAGAUCAGCAUCCAUAAAUAUAUAUAUAUUUUUGUAAGACUUUAUUGUCCCUGUGGGGAAAUUCUUGUCCACAGCAGCAUUCCACUUGGUUUACAUUGACAGGACAGUACAAAAACACUAUUCAACGUGUAAGUGUCCUUUUCACUCUGGCCAGAUCGCCUUUUGUUAAGGGUUGCUAUAACAGAUGGGAUCAGGCUUCUCAGUGUUCUGUAUCUAUGUCCUGAGGGAAGGGGGGUGAGGUGUGUGUUCAGCGGGUGUGUUAUGUCCUGUUGUCUUAUGUUUGUGAUUUGGGUAAUGUAACUGAAUUCAUCUUGAAAAGUUGUGCACACAUAUUUUGAUGAGUUUUCUUUUUCCUUGUUUACCACAUGCUAUUUUGUGAAUGAGUCUCUAAUGGAAGAACAUUUUAGCAUAAUUUUAUUUGUGUAAAUGUGAGUCAGCCGUGUGUGUGUGUGUGUGUGUGUGUGUGUGUGUGUGUGUGUGUGUGUGUGUGUGUGUGUGUGUGUGUGUGUGUGUGUGUGUGCGUUUGAGUAAUUAGGGCCACAGCUGAAUUAAAACACUGUUCAGCAGCUGUUUUUGUGAAAAACACUUAUUUUCCUGAAUUAAAGAAGACUUUCAUGUAAAAUUCA